AGGACCCCGCCACGCCGUCGCGCUACGCGCAGCCUGGCGCCACGCCCAAGGAGGCCGCCGCCGCCGCGCCCAAGACGGCGGGCGCGAAGGCGGCCGCCAGGGCGCGAAGGGCGGCGGAGGAGGCCGCCACGAAGGCGCGGGAGCCGUCUCCGCGGAAGGCCGACGCCGCCAGCUGGUCGCCCGCACCGCGGCCGCAGCCCACCCGGUGGAGGAGCUUCAGGAGCGCCGCCGGCUCUCCCGAGGAGAAGGCCGCGGCGGCCCCCGAGGGCGGCGGCACCGGCAAGGCGGCGCCCGCCGGGGCGGCUCCCGGCGGCCGCGUGGAGGACGCGAAGAGGUCGAGCAGCUGAUGUUCGCGGAGGCGGUGCGGCAGAUCGAGGAUCUCGCGCGAGCGCCUCGAUGCCCUUGCAGAUGGAGAGGCGGGCCGGCUUCCCGAUCCAGGCGAGCCGCCGCGAGCGAGCGCCGCGCCGCCGCCACGCGCGCGAGGCG